GCUAUUCAUAUAAAAGAUGAUUUGCAAGAAUUACGUUCUAAAGAAAGAUCUAAUGAGUCAAGUUUAUUGUCACCUCCUCCAUUGCCAGCAAAACCCAUUACAUUAAUAGGUGGUCUUUCAAGAUACAUAUAUAAACAUAAUGCAAGUGCAUCCAAAAUUAAAAAUCUCUGGAAUGAUCAAUCAAAUAUGCCUAACAUUUCUAGCAGGACUAGUUUAGACAACUUUGCUGAUACAUAUUUCGAUUCUGUGCAAAAAAAUGCAAAGGAGAUAAACUUAAUAUCUUUCGAUUAA